AUGGGGAGGGGACGACGGCCAAGGGUUAUGAUACCUUCAUUGUUGUCUAGGAAAGACCGUUUUGAUGAUGAUGAGAAGGUUAAGAUUGAGAUUGAGAUUGUCAAGUCUUUGCUUUUGAACAGCAAUGAACUGAUGAUGAUAGAUGCAUCUGGGGAACAGAUUGAUGCAAAGGGCAAAUGUAAGAAAACGUAUGAGACUGAUGUUCAAUGUCUGGAUGAUCCCUACUGUGUUUCAACCUGUGAAAAACAGUAUAAACAACAACAUCCAAAUGUUAAACGAUUCUGUGCAAGCUAUGGUAUUUGUCUCUGUCAGUGGCCUUGUUAG